UCUGGCAAUAUCAUCACCCCAGAAUCGGCAACUCCCAGACUCCAGCCACAUUUGCAAAUCAAAACAACCACCUCCAGACACCAGCCCUCCAUAUUCGACCAGAGAAAAUAGAAAAAUAAAAGAAAAGGCGGCGCCGGCGAGAACUUGCAUAGCGAUUCAUCGACUCAUCAUCUUUUAUUUUCAUUGAAUUCGUAUUAACUCUGUGUUUCUCUUUGUUUUUGAUUUCACAAUCAAGAGAGAAAUAAUGCAAGCUGUGGUGCUCAACCCAACUUACUGUAGGGCUCAGCAAAUCUCAGAUUCUCCUUCUUCUUCUCGCCCCUCCAAGAAUCCGAGCUUCUUUGGCACCCAGGUCUCGCUCAAGCGUGGGCGUUAUCGGCUCAGGCGAAUCCCGUGCCGCUCCAUGCGGAUUCGGUCGCCUACGUUGACGCGGAGACUAGUUGUAAAGGCUGUUGCCCCCCCAGAUUCAGCCUUGGAAUUGCCGUUAACUGCUGAGAAUGUUGAGAGCGUAUUGGAUGAAGUUCGACCAUACCUCAUUGCAGAUGGGGGUAAUGUGGCAUUACAUGAGAUUGAUGGCAAUGUUGUGCGGUUGAAGCUACAAGGAGCCUGUGGCUCCUGUCCAAGUUCUGUCGUGACGAUGAAGAUGGGUAUUGAGCGUCGGUUAAUGGAAAAGAUUCCUGAAAUAGUUUCUGUAGAACCAAUUGCAGAUGAAGAAACUGGGCUUGAGCUGAAUGAAGAGAAUAUAGAGAAGAUUUCUUUAGUAUGUACCUCAAAGUGGUUUCAACUUUGUUACAUUAGCCUCCAAAGUUGAAAUUGCUAGCAUGCACUUGGGUUUCUCUCUGCCAUUUUCCGCCACCUCCAGCAACUAGUUAGUCUCAAUUUUGUUUCUACUCACACACUUACAUUUGCCUCCAAAGGUAAAAUUGUUGGCAUAUGCGUUGGUUUGUCUGCCGUUUUCACUAUUAAAUGUUAUCAUGUCCUGUUAAUUGCAACACAACAAAUGGGAUUAAUAAAUAGUGUUAUUGCUAUUUUUUUCCCCUUUGUCCAGCUCUGUCCUAAAAUUACCAAUCACUGAACAGGAUAACUAAGUUGUUAUGUCCUACGUGUGUGCAAAAGAGAUGGGACUAUCAUUUUACUUGCUGUGUCCCUUGUCAUAUCCUAUCACCAAAUGCAACCAGAGUAGUGGACAUGUGCUUUCUCCAUCAAAUUAAAUGGAUGCUUGAAUUAAAGGGGAAUUACUGUUUUUCUUAUCAUGAUUUACUUUUGCUUAUCAUAUACAUGUGCCAGGUACUUGAAGAAAUUAGGCCAUACCUUGUUGGGGCAGCUGGAGGAUCUCUCGAACUAGUAACCAUUGAAGAGCCAAUAG